UCAGUCCAUAUUUCAGUUCUCUUGAAGUCGACGGAUCGGAAGCAUUAAAAGUCUCGGCUGUUAUCGGUCACAGUGAUUCAUAUAAAUAGUUACAAAACUAUGUCGGCAGUUAUUGGACCGAAAUUCAUCUUGGAUUUUGAAAAGCUGAAGGAGGCAUUCGCUGAGAUUUGCCCGGACUUUCGUGAGGAGCCCAGCUAUGAAGUGGCUAGUGCGGCUCGCCGCUUUGCCGAGCAAGUGAUCUUUUCCUACAGCAAGCAGGCCAGUACAGCGAAGGCCGAGAAGAAGGACAAGACAUGGAUGAUACUGUUGGACAUGAAGAACGAAGAGGGAAUUGAAAUGAAAAAUGAGGUGCACAUACUGACGCACUUCCUUCGGGAGCCGCUGAUGACCCAGCCAGUUCUGAUGCGCAACCAGCUGCGGAUCACAUUCAAGCAAGCUAGUCUGCUGGCGGUGCACAAAUACUGUCAGCUAGUGCCGCAUCUGGUCAAGCGCGGGGAGACAGUGCUCACUCCACUGGCUGGAGCAGUGUUUGCCCAGGACGACAUGCCGAAGCUGGCAGAGGCGCUCGGGGAGCCUCUCGCCGAAGUGGUCAUGGCUGUCAUCAGCAGCUGCCAGACGGACGGCUACUACUUGGAGCACAGUCGCUGUCAUAUCGCUAUGGUGGCACUGGUAAAGACUGUCGCCGAUUUCAAAAUGCGUGCCUCGAUUGUCAAGAAGACCAUCAAAAUGUACAAGCGUCACGGCAAGGAGUUCGACAUGGAAAAAUUCAAGGUCUGGAGUACAUUUCAGCGCCGCUCUACUCCGGCCUCCAGUAGCAGCUCCACUGUCACAGACGGAGACGAGUACGAUAAGUUGGCCGAGCAGGUUCUGACCUUCCAACUGAGCAGCAAGAACGAGGGGGAGCCAAACCAGACGAAAGUAAGACCCAAGCCUCCUAUGAAAUGUGCAGCCAACUUUAAGUUCCCCAAAACAAACUAAAUGUGAAAUUGCCAUCAUCUCUU